CUCAUUCUCUCUCUGUUUCUCUUCCCUCUCACAUCUUUGGGGGCCUUCUCUCUCAUCUCUCUUCCUCUCCUAUCUCUUUCUCUCUCUUUCGGGUUUCUCUCUCCUCUCUCCUCUCACACUUUCUCUCUCCAGAAGAGGCAAAACCCUAAAGAGUCGUUUACAUCUCUCCCAAGCACUAAGGGUGGUUGAUGACCGCUUUAAUCAGGAUGAAGAUGCCAUUAAUGGGUUAUUCUAAUUAUAACAAGUGUUUUUCUUUUAAUCUUCACCCUUACGUGUAGCCUUGAUGGACGAUGAUGGGCUGAAUAUGCGCAACUGGGGUUACUAUGAAACCCCUUCAUACAAAGCUCAACUCAAUCUGCAGCUCAUGACUAACAUGGCUGACCGAGAUACAAAGCAUUUUCUUCCUGGGCGUGAUCCCAACAUUAUGGUUGGUAACCAUGGAGCCUUUCAUCCGCGGGAUUGCAUGGUUACUGAUGCUUCUAUACCCAUGAACUACAUGAGGGAAGGAUGGAUGGGCCAGAGAGAGAAGUUCUUAAACAUGUUACCUGUGAGCCCACAUUAUCCAAUGCUUCCUGAGACUUCUGGAGCUCACUCCCUCCACAUUCUACAGCCACCCAAUUCUUCAAGAGAUGAGAGGGUGCCUAGAAUUGAUGAGAGGGUGCCCAGAAUUGAUGAGAAGCCAGCUAGAGUUGAUGACAGGCCCGCUGAAAUUGAAGAGUCGAGUGGAAAUAAAGGAGUACAAUCGAAGAAACGUCAAGGUGGGGGUGCAUCGAAGAUCCCUAAACCAAAGAAGGCAAGGAAGCCAAAGGAGAAUGGUGGUAAUGCCGCUCCUCGCGUGAAGCCAGCUAAAAAGAGUUUGGAUGUUUUCAUAAACGGUAUUGACAUGGAUAUUUCAGGAAUUCCUAUACCGGUAUGCUCAUGCACUGGGGCUCCGCAACAGUGCUAUCGAUGGGGCUGUGGUGGUUGGCAAUCAGCAUGCUGUACUACAAAUGUGUCGGUGUAUCCUUUGCCAAUGAGUACCAAAAGACGGGGUGCUAGGAUAGCAGGGCGAAAGAUGAGUCAAGGUGCAUUUAAGAAGGUGUUGGAGAAACUUGUUGCCGAAGGCUAUAACUUCGGGAACCCAAUUGAUCUGAGGACUCACUGGGCUAGGCAUGGCACCAACAAGUUCGUCACUAUCAGGUAGAUUAACAUUGUUGGUACUACCAUUGCAUAUGGUCCGCUUCAGUUGUAUAAAUUACUGUGGCUUAUGCAGAGUUCUGUCUGGUUUUCUGUAGUUCAUCGAUAUCCUUGAUACAUGUUCCUAAACGUUUCUCUUUUAAAUUGUUGUUGAUCUUUUAUUUAUGCUUCUGUUAUAUGUGCAACCGGUGAUUUCUGGUUACCAGGAUUCGGAAUGUGGAUGCCUUGUCAUAUAUUGAAUCCAUUUUUGAAAGUAUCUUUUCACCAUUUGUGAAAGUUGCCUCAGUCAUUUGUCCUUUGUACCUCUCUUCAUGCAAUGAUAACUCUUUUUUCCCCUAA